UUGGUGAUAUGAUACCUGGACAUGGUGGCAUUAUGGACCGUUUCGAUUGUCAGUUUUUAAUGGCAACAUUUGUUAAUGUUUACAUUUCUAGUUUUAUCAGAACACCAGCUCCAUCCAAAAUUUUGACACAGAUUUACAACUUGAGACCUGAACAGCAAUUGCAAAUUUACCAGUCACUCAAAGAAAGUCUUGGGGACUUAAUUACAACUUAAAAAGUUUCCAGAAACUAUUAAAUCUAAGCGUACUAUACAGACAAAACGACUGCGGAUACGAAUACUACAUAUUUGUUUUAAACAUUAUAAGUAAUAAUUUAACUUGUUUGUUUAUUUUUAUUGUAAAAUUGGAAUUUGUUGUUGAUACUAGGUCUUCAUCUUAGCUUUGUAACAAAAAUAGAACAUCGAUCUCCGCUGUUUGUUAAUGCAGACU